UACGCCACAAGGAAAAAUUGAAUCAAUCGGCCCCAAAAUGGCUUCCAAAAUCGUAUUCCUGACACUUUUGCUACUAGUUUCAGCACAUGCUUUAAAAACUAAAGUGUGUAGUAUCCACUGUGGGGGCUCCACUGGUCCCACCACCGAGGAUCCUUCCGGCGGUGGCUCCAGUACCGAGGGUUCCGGAGGUACCACUUCCGGUGGCUCUAGUUCCGAAGGUUCCGGGGGUACCACUUCCGGUGGUUCCAGUUCCGAGGGUUCCGGAGGCACCACUUCCGGUGGUUCCAGUUCCGAGGGUUCCGGAGGCACCACUUCCGAUGGUUCAAGUUCCGGGUGCCCUUGCACCUGUAGCCCGGCUCCGGUGACGGAACCCUCAAGCCCGGAAUCGACCACCAAGGAUCACUCCGGGUCCGAGUCCGGAUCCGACAGUAAAUCGUCGGAAAAUAGCAACGAAAGUGACAGAAUUUUCGCUCACGGCAAACACCAAAAACUCGGACAUGGUAAAAGCCACCCUCAUGCCAAACAUAACAAACACGGAUCGGCUAAAAGUAACCAUCAACAUGCCCAUGAUAAGCAGAACCAUGAAGGGUUGAACAAGUUAGUCAACAAUGCUAAACAUUUGUUGGAAGCUGGAAAAAACAACCAUAAAGAACAUCUAAAUGCGAAACAUGCGCAUGCGCACGAGAAACACAAUGCGCACGCGCAGGGGAAACGCAACGCACACGUGCAGGGGAAACACAAUGCGCAUGGGAAACAGUACAACCAACACGAGAAACACGAACAUAACUAAAUGAUUUGUUACCAAAUGUGAAUUUGAGGUUGUGGGAUAAUAAAAAAUACAGAGCA